GACAGGUUUAAAAAGAGGAGGAUGCAAGCAACUGCGCAAAGGCUGUUGGACUGCAAAUAGGACGAGGUUUGCUGCCUGGGAAACUCACCCUCCUUUCUGGCCACGGAUAGCGGAGAACUCGGGCCCUGGAAGAAAGCACCAUGAGUGGCAGACCACUAUGAGAGAAGCUCCAGGGCUUGCAGUGCCAUUUCACCUGGCAGUUUGAGAUCAGGGACAGGAUGCAGGUGACACACAUCCUGAAGACGUUGGCUCUCCAGGCGGAACACACGCCACACCGGAACCACGCCACCUUCAUCGCCAUGAAGGCCUACCUGCAGCACUUGCAAGGGGACUACAGAGAGGCCCUGGGCAGCCUCCGAGAAGCAGAGGAAGUCCUGAAACGAGACCAUCUGGCCAACUUCUCCCGCCAGGCCCUGGUGACUUACGGGAACUAUGCCUGGGUUUAUUACCACUUGGCCAAUUUCGACAUGGUGGAGCUCUACCUGGGCCGGAUUCGGGAGACCUGCCGGUCCCUGGCCAGCUCUGAGACUUACUCUGUUCUGACCCCUGAAAUCCAUGCCCAGAAAGGCUGGUCGCUCCUGGCUGUUGGCUUCCGGAACAGGGAGGAGGCCCAGGAGUGCUUCCGAAUGGCACUGCAAGGAGAUGAGUCCAACGAGGAAUUCAACGCAGGACUGGCAACCUCUGUGUAUGCAUGCUAUUGUCACACUUGGGCACCUGACCAUCUGGAAGAAGCCCAAAGAUUGCUGGAAGAGGUAGUUGAUCACCAGCCCCAGAAUUACGAAGCCAAAGUGUAUUUGGCUAAACUGCUUCAAACGGUAGACAUGGAGAGAUCGUCCUGCCUUGCAGAGGAUGCUGUCCAGAACAGCUUCAACCCCGAAGUCCUAAGAAAAGCCAGCAAAGUGUAUGUGCCACAACGCCUUCCCCGAGCAAUUUCCAUUUUGAAUCAGGCCAUAGUCCUGGAUUGCGGCUACCAUCUCCUCCACAAUGACCUUGGCCUCUCCUAUAUGAAGUUGUUGGAGAGGGCAUCACAAGAUGACAGAGAAAACAUAGUUGCAGCUGCUAUUGAGAGCUUCAAACGGUCUCUGGAAAUUGAUUCCUCAUCAAUCUUUUCCAGGUUGAAGUUGGCUAAACUCUACGGAGAAAAGGCCCCUGCUUACGAGGAAGAGAUGUACCUGACCCUGAUGGAGGGGCUGCCAGGAGCCAGCAAGCGAUGCCAGCAGGCCAUCUACCUCCACUGGGGGGACUUCCUCCUCCACAAGAAGGGGCUGAAGCACCAGGCCCUGGAGAUGUACCAGGCAAGCUUCAGAAUCCCAGGGGGCCAUGCUUUGGAGAGGAAGGAUGGGGUGGAACGUCUGGAGCACCUGGCUAGGAUGUUCCUGCAAGACUCUGAGAUGGACCAAGUUCACUCUAUCUACAGCUUCCUUGAAGAAAUGGGAAUUCAGGAUCCACGUCGCAGGAGGGGAAGGGGUGCAUGGCAUGAGAGUGGCAGGGCCCAGCGAUAAAUGAUUCCCCCUUCCACCACGGGGACUUCUGCAGUCCCGAAAAAGCUGAGGUGAUAAUAGGAGGGGGAUGGGUCAUUGUGAUUCUGCUUGCUACCAGCGUGGGAAGAAGUUCUCUGCUGGGGUUUCCCCUGUAGCUUUUCCUGGGAAAGGCUGAUUUCUGUGACGUUUCUUUGCAUUUCCCCAGUACAACCACUAAAAAAAAAGCUUCCGAUUUUCCCCAAGAAAGAGCAAGUUGUCUGCAGAAGUUGCAAGGUUGGCCUUUAUUUAAAUGUUACGUGGAUAUUCUGCUAUUUUCCCUUCCAUUCGUUUGUUUGAAGUAAAACCUCUCUGUUCUCAUUUUCAGACACCUUCUGGUGUCCCCUGACCAGGGCCAGAUUAUCCAUUAGGCUUAGUAGGCUGAAGCCGAGGGGCCCAGAGCUCUUGGGGGCCCAUGCAUAAGCUAAAAAAAAUGAUA